UUUCUACUUCUAUGAGGAAGAUGUCACUUCCGUUAGGUUAAUGGGCAGAGGAGAGGAAGCUACGAGAGGCCUGCACGGAAAGAGCGAUCCCACUAGCCCAAGGAGUGGCUCUAUCAGACUUUUUAAGGCUCAAAUUAAAGCACCGAGUCCCACACAGCGCUACCACCACCCGAGACGUGAAGAAUAGAGUCCCGACAUAUUUUUAAGACCGCUGUUUUGUGGACCUUCUCUCUGUUUCGCAGUAGUUUUUAUGCGGUUUGUCUCCGUGUAUCCGGGCAGCGUCAGUUCCAGUCUCGUCCCCUUUAGUCUCGCGCUAGAUCAACAAUAAUAACAAGUGUCCCGGAGCCCGAACCCGGGGUCCACCGGGCGAGUGCGGGACAGUGAUGCAGGGUUUCGGUGCUUCCAGAAGGUGAAACACAAAGGCCCCAGAGGAAGCAUGAGCGAGCAGAUCCAGAUUCAUCUCAUAUUAUAGCCGCGUAAAAGCUCAGAGCCCGGGCAUGGCGUCAGAGGAGUCCUCCUUACGGGCUCUGGAGAGUCUUAUGACAGAGUUUUUUCACAGCUGCACCACCAAUGACCGCAAGAGAGAGAUCGAAGAGCUGCUGAACAGUUUCGCAGAGCAGCCCGGCUCAUGGAGGCACUGCCUCUACUUCCUCUCCAACAGCAGAAAUGAAUAUGUCAUGAUGUACAGCCUUACUGUGUUUGAGAAUCUCGUGAACAAGAUGUGGGUUGGUGUAGCCAGUGAGGACAAAGCAGAACUUCGUAGCUGCUUGCCCAAGCUUCUGCUAUCCCAGCACGCACUACUCCCUUUCUUCAUCAGAAACAAACUCUGUAAAGUCAUCGUUGACAUUGGACGCCAGGACUGGCCCAUGUUCUACCAUGACUUCUUCAGCAACACCUUACAGUUAGUGCAGUCGCCGUCUCUAGCGUCGCUGGGUUUGGUUUUGCUCAAGAUGACCUCCGAAGAGCUGGUCUGUCCCAGAGAAGACCUGAGCGUCGCUCGUAAAGAGGAGCUGAAGAAACUCCUGCUGGAUCAGAUCCCCACCGUACUGAACCUUCUGACUGGUAUUCUGGAGACAGUAUGGGACAAACACAGUGUUACAGUCACCACUCCACCUCCAUCCCCCACGUCAAGAGAGUCAGGUAUUUUGGGGGGCAACAGCACACCGAUGAUCCUGGGAGCUGAAAGUGCCGCUCUGUGUCUGCUAGCGCUAGAAUGUUUGGCUCAUCUCUUUAGCUGGAUCCCUCUCUCCUCUUCUAUCACUCCAUCUCUCCUCGCUUCUAUUUUUCAUUUCGCUCGCUUUGGGUGCCAGCAGCCAAUCAAAACGAAACCUCUGCCCACUUCGAAUGGAGACUCCGCCCCUGGAAGUCUCCCAGCCAAUGGCGGCGAUGGACACGGCAGGACUGGUCAGAUGGUGGGCCACGCCGAUCGCGCCAGGCUGGGCGUCAUGGCCAUGAACUGUAUUAAUGAGUUAAUGUGCAAAAACUGCGUCCCCGUGGACUUUGAGGAGUUUCUGCUACGCAUGUUUCAACAGACGUUCUACCUACUUCAAAGACUCACAAAUACACACUCGCACACCAACACGCACACUAUCAAAAGCAGGUUACAAGAAUUAGAUGAAAGUUAUGUGGAAAAGUUCACCGAUUUCCUCAGGCUGUUUGUUAGUGUUCAUCUGCGGAGGAUUGAAUCUAACGCCCAGUUUCCUCUAGUGGAAUUUCUAGCUUUGCUCUUCAAAUACACCUUUAACCAGCCGAGUCACGAGGGUUACCUGGCCUGUCUUGAUAUCUGGAGUAUAUUCCUGGACUACCUGACCACCAAGAUCAGAAGCCGAUUGGCUGACAGAGACAGUGUCAUUAACAGGUAUAAAGAUGCUCUAGUUCUGCUGCUGCGUGAAGUUCUUAACAGGAUCCAGUUCAGGUUAAACCAGAGUCAACUAGAAGAACUCGACGAUGAGACCCUCGAUGAUGAUCAACAGACGGAAUGGCAACGGUACCUGCGUCAGAGUUUGGAAGUGGUUGCCAGGGUGAUGGAGCUGCUGCCGUCCCAGACCUUUUCUGUUCUGUUUCCGGUGCUCCAGGAGGAUCUGGACGUUUAUCUUGGGCUACAGCAGUUUAUCGUGAGAUCAGGAUCAAGUCGCAGGCUGAACAUCACAGCGGAGGCCGACUGCAGGAGACUGCACUGCGCUCUCAGAGACCUGAGUUCUCUGCUGCAGGCCGUGGGACGCCUGGCCGAGUUCUUCACAGGGGACGUUUUCACCGCCCGCUUUAACGACGCUCUCGCCAUCGUGCAGAGAUUGGUGGAGGUGUCGUGUUAUGGUUCUCAGAUCAGCCUGUACGAUGUAGAGAUGGCUGUUCCUUCAGUGCUUAAACCAGAUCUUAUAGAUGUCCAUGCGCAGUCAUUGGCCGCUCUGCAGGCGUAUUCUCAUUGGCUGGCUCAGUUCUGCGGGGAGGUGCAGCGACAACAAGAUCAAACGCAGUUUGUCGAUCUCAUCAGGUCCAGCAUGGCCGCCACGACCCCUCUCAUCAAUGCCAAGGUUCCAGAGAAGUUGCUGUUAUCUGCGUGCCAUCUCCUGGUCUCCAUGUCGACCACCGUGCGACCGGUGUUCCUGGUGUCAUUGCCGGCGGUGCAGAAUAUUUUCAACCUGAUCACAGAGAAUCAUAACCACAGAUUACCUCAGGAGGCCCACGUCCUCGUGUGUCGAGCUCUGUCCAACAUGUUGCUGCUGCCAUGGCCCAGCCUACCAGAGGCGGAGCAGCAGUGGCCAAACCGUUCAUCCAAUCAUGCGCGGCUUCUCAGCAGUCUGACGCAGCAGUACCGCCUCCUGCCCCGCCCACCUGACCAUCACCCCAACAGUAAAGCGGUGAUCCAGCAGACUCUGUGUGUGUUGAAGGAUCUGGUAGACAGUAUAUCAGGAGAGGCCACCAAAUCACGUCAGAUCUGUUACCACAGCCUGCAGGAGUCUGUCCAGGUCACACUCGCGCUGUUCCCUCACUUCAUCCAGCAGCCAGAUGUGACAGACGAGAUGCUGAGUUUCUUUCUCACGCUGUUUCAAGCACUGCGUGUGCAGAUGGGCGUUGCUUUCACAGAGCAGAUCAUUCAGACCUUCCUCAGCAUGUUCACCAGGGAGCAGCUGGCGGUGAGCAUCUUACAGGAGGGCAGCUCGGGGUCCAGAGUGGUUCAGAAGUUUCUCAAGAUUCUGCAGGUUGUGGUUCAGGAGCCUGGUCAGACCUUCAAACCUCUGUUACCCAGCAUCCUCAGCCUUUGUUUGGACCAGGUUUACCCAAUAGUGGCAGAGCGUUCCUGUCCAGAUGUGAAAGCGGAGAUGUUUGAGCUGCUCUUCCAGAUUCUCCAUCAGAACUGGCGGUUCUUCUUCAAGAGCUCAGUGUUGAGCAGCGUACAGAGAACCGGAGCGGAAGAGCUCAUGGAGAACCAAGCGCAGUUCACUGCUGCCAUGCAGGCAUUUGGUCAGUCUUUCCUACAGCCGGACAUUCACAUCUUCAAACAAAACUUGAGUUACCUGGAGGUCCUGAACACCAAACACAAGUUGUACCACAGAAAGCUGUUCCGGAACUCCAUGCUGUUCCACUUCAUAAACGUUCUUCUGCAAGUUCUCCUGCACAAGAGUCACGACCUCCUCCAGGAUGACAUCACGCUGGCGCUCUACAACAUGGCGGCUGUGGAUUUCCAAGCGUUCUACUCUUCCUUCUUGCCAGAGUUUCUCAAUGGCUGCCAAGGCCUCGACCCACACCAACGCACAACGCUUGCCCGAAACUUCACGCCAGAGAGGGACCUGCCGUCGUUUUCUCAGGGAGUGUAUCGUAUCGUGAACGAUCUGCGCUUCUACAGACUGUGCAAUGGAAGCCUUCCACCGGGAACGCUGAAAUUAUAGCAGCACAUCACACCUGCCACACAGCCAAACCACGGCCCACCUUCUUAAGGAUGCAGAUCGCUGCUUCAGUGGUCAUGUGUUGCCUUUCGCCACGGGCCAGCCUGUGAUCUCAGUGGCGGCGUGUUCUGAGAGCUGCAGGGCUUCUAUCGUCAGCUUGUUUUAUGUUUAUUUCAGCUAGAUUUUACACGUUGCCAAUGAUCAAGAGGCCAAAGUUGGAUGUUCUACAGCUGCUGUCGAGAAACUCGUCCAAAAUCAGCUGAUGCGGUUAAAGGCGCUGGGGUUUGGGUUCCACUGUUGGGUUUAUUUAAAUCGGAGCAGUGCUUUCCCCAUUACGUGUUGUUUUAAAAGGACUGGUGUAACUGAAAGCACACUUAUUUUGUUGAAAUGAACGGAUGGCGUUUGAAAUGCAGUGGUGUAGAGUUAAACGAACACAUCUCAAGACGGCUUCCUGUGGAUUUUCAUGCGGGCUGUUGAGUUCUGAAUGGUUUUUAAGUGAACGGGUGCAACGCAGAGCACUGAAUUUUUCUUUCUCUUAAAUGUCUGGUUUUAUUGUCCUCUCCCUGUUUCCACGGGGAUGGGCUCUCACAUUUUUUUUCAUAUCAUUCCAUCCUGAUCCAGGAGAAGCAAACCUUCAAUAAAGUUUUAUAAUGAAAUGCA